CUCCAGCUGAUGCAGCCCCGCUUGCUCCUUGCAUAUGGCUCCUUGCAUAGCGUUGCCAGCAAUUACACGUUGUUCCACAUGAGGGGCAAGGGCCACGACGAGCAAUAAGUGCCUAGCGUGCAGUCAUUACUCAAAACCAUACUGCUCCUGGGAUUGCUCCUGACAAAUCAUGCGAGGAGUCAUACUCGUGCAGAUCACAUGCGUCCUGCAAACCGGUGCGGCACUGCAGGCACCGCUACGUCGCCUCGCUCCAACCGUGUCAGUGACAGAUAAGCCGCUGCCGGUCGACACCCCCCGCGGCGACAUCGUGCUCGCUGCCGAGCCAUCAGUAGCGGUCGAGGCAGCGCCGGCCAGUUACGCCCGCGGCCUCGCGACGAUCGGCGGCAUCACGCUCAUCUUCGCGUCGAACAGCCCCGUGCUGCACGCCGCGACGAGCGGAGAUCACGCGCCGCCCGUGUUGCUGCUGAAUGCGGCCUGCGCGGUGCUGGCGCUCGCGGGCCUGCUCGUGUUCGGGCCGCUGGCCGCGCCGCUCGCGCCGACGGCGGCGGCGGACGCCACGCGCGCCGACGCGGAGGCGUGGCGCCGCGGCGGCGAAUUGGGUCUGUGGAAGUUCCUGGGCGCGACGGCGAAUUUGUACGGCCUCUCGCUGACGUCGUCGGACCACGGCGCGUUCCUGAUUCAGCUCACGACGCUCAUCGUGCCGCUGGUGCAGGGCGCGCGCGGGGUCCCGAUCCCGCCGCGGAUCUGGGCCGCCGUCGUCCUCGCCCUGACGGGUGUUUUCGUGUUCACGCUCGAUCCUGCCGCCGCCGCGACCGCCGCGUCGCAGCAAGGCGAUGCCCUUUGCGUGCUGGCCGCCAUUUUCUACGCGACCUAUGAUUUGCGGCUCUUCGAACACGGUUCACGCGUUGCACCAUUGACGCUGAUCACGACGAAGAUCACGGCGCAGGCCGGGCUCUCCGUGCUGGCGGCGGUCGCCGCGUGGUCCUCGGUCGGGCCGCAGCUCGACGCGUUCGACGGCGACCUCUGGCCGGUCGCCGCCGCCGCGAUCUGGUCCGGCGUGUUCGUGAACGCGUUCGCGUCCGUGCUCCAAGUCAGCGGGCAGCAGGCCGUCGGCCCGGCGCGGGCGCAGGUCGUGUACGCGUCUCAGCCCUUGUGGGCCGCGAUCCUCUCGCUGAUAUUCCUGGGAGAGACCGUCGGCGUCGAGGGCUGCGUCGGCGGUGCGCUCUUCAUCGCCGCAUGUUUCCUCGCGGCGACGGCGCCCGAGCCCGAUCCGAAUUGCGGGGUCGAAAAUUGUGAGGUCUAGUGUGUAAUUCGUCGUACGUGCC